GAAUUUAACCCACCAACGAAGUAGUAAGCUUUAGCCAAAAUGGCGGCUUCCAUGAUGAGGUUGCUCAUGCCUUUUCAAAGGCCGAUGAUCUUUAAGGUUCAGUGUGUAGAGACUUUGCUGGACCCUACUGGAUAUUGUCGUCUGCCUACAGUAACCCCACUGCGGACGAAGAAGCGGUACUUCAUUCCAAAGAUGCAGGACACGAAAACGCAGAGCAAGGCUGAGCAGGAGGCACAGGCCCGCAGUGCCGGCUUGGUGGUCCAGCAGGAAUAUAUGGAGAGAGCCAUCAACAUUGCCUGCACUGCUGGAAUAUUUGACCCUUACAUUCCGCCAGAAGGUGAUGCGCGUCUUUCGAAGCUCUCCAAAGAAGGAUUGAAGCAGCGCACAGAGCAGCUUAGGCAAAGCGCUGCUUCGCAGUUAGCGAUUCGAAAAAUUAAGGAGCAUGAUCCACAGUUUAACACGAAGGACUUCCCAAAUACAGCCCUGAACAUCUUUAUUGAAGCUCAUUCUGCACUUACUCAGUUUAACAAGGAGAAGCUACAUAAGCUGGUGACUGAGAGGUGCUAUCCUGAGAUGGUGAGGGGCAAUCGCUACAAGACUUUACGCUGGAGUUUCGUGGAGUCCCUUGAGCCACCUCGCGUGGUACAUGCCCGCUGCCCAGAUAUGGUCAGCAAAGGCAACCUCUACGGACAGGUCACACUCCGGUUACACUCUCGGCAGACAGUGGCCAUCUAUGACCGCUUCGGGCGGCUGAUGCUGGGGAAUGAAGAUGAACCACGGGAUGUCCUGGAGUAUGUGGUUUUGGAGAGGCAUCUGAUAAACUCUUACGGCUGUUGGAGGCUUCAUGGAAAGAUCAUCCCAGCCUGGGCUCCUCCUAAGGAGCCUGUUAUCAAGACUGUCAUGAUUCCUGGCCCACAGCUGAAGCCAUGGGAGGAGUUUGAGAGCCUCUGCUAUGAAGUUCCCAAGCCCAGAUCUGUGCAGUGGCACCAAUAGCUCCUUUGCUAGCCACUUUAAAAUAAGUCUUUCUCCAAAAGUGUCAGAAAGUGAAUUUCUAUUAUGUACUUUUCCACCAAAAUUCUGUUGUCUAACCCUGCUUUCUCACUUGUGCGUUGCUUUGGAUAUGUGUCUGCUAAAUAAAUAAAAUGUAAAAAUACUGAAA